GAUCAUCUGUGUGAUGAUUUUUAUGAAUGACACAAGACAACAGUCCAAGCGAUGACUGCAGCUUUGAACAUGACAGGUGUGACCCUGUCUGUCUGGAGAGAGCUGAGGAGGGCUUGCCAUGUGUUGUCACACUUCUGUGCACACCUAACUCUGCAUCUGUGAUCAGCAGUCUUCAGGUCGUCAGUGAAGCCCGCACUAUUGAAGUGUACUCGCUGUCUGGAGAGUACUGUGGCACCUGCCGUGGAGAGCAAGUUCAGAAAUCACACACUGAUGGUUCUGAAGAUAAGAGGCAUUUCUACAGGAAUCAUCUGGUGCUGGAAAACCCUGUUGCAUCCUGUGAGGUGAAGCUGCUCUCUCUCGGUGGCCGCUCGUCUGUGGCCAUCGCCCAUGUGGGUGUGGGACUGGAGAUGCUCAAGGACAGACAAGGUGGGCCGAGUAUAGACCCAGGCAUUGACCUUCACCGUGUGCAGACCAUGAUGGAGGAGAUGGGCACCACCCUUUCACCAGGAGCACAGAACCUCAUGGAGCUGGUGCAGUGCCAGCAAAAGAAUAAAUCAGACAUGCUCAGUGGAUUCAUUCCUCUGCUCAUGGGAGGACGAGCUUUGAGUUGUCUGUCAAGAGGAGGUGGGGCUUCUAGUUCUGCAGGAGCAGAGUCGGGCACAAAUCUACCAUCUGGCCUCGGGCAGCUUCUGAACCAGACUCCCGGAGCCAUGUCUGCCAUGUUGAGCUCUGAAACUGGUGCGAUCAACCCAGACCUGCUUCCAAUGCUGCAGAGCGUAUGCGGUCAGGUCACGCAGCUCCGGCUGGAGGAAGCCACAUCUCCAGACAGGAAGAAAAAUGGAGAACGGGAGGGUCAUAUAUGUUGUGGAGGGUUUGAGAAAAUUCUGGAGACUGUUGUAGAGAAGCGAAUGGAUGAGAUGGAGAGAAGAUUAAAGGAACAUCUGGACCUGCGUCUGGACGCUCUUCAGCAGAGACUGGAGAUCACACUUCAGCAGGCACUCUCUCAUAAACAACAGCAGUAAACAACAUCCUCCAACACACAAUACUAACCUGAACACUUUUAGCAAGAUCUCCAUUCUGAGCUUUUACUUUAAUGACAACUCUAUUAUUCUGUAAAGUGACAUUUAAUUCAUGUCAACUAAAAACGGUUGUAACAUUUUUCUUUUGCCUGCAGUCUCUACUGCUUUGUGUGGAAAUGGUUUACGGUUUAACAGCAGUUGCUGCUCUUCAUGUGCCCGUCCCAAAGAGACUGUACUUAUUUGGUUUAUGUGGUUAACAGCUUGACGAGGUGGUUCACUAACGCAAGUCCAGAAACUGUAUCAAGUGAUUUUCACAAAUCACAGCUACUCGAAGAACUUAAUAACACUGUUGAUACUUAUAUAUAAUAAAUAAUUUUAUCUAAAUGAGACCACAAACAAUGGUUGCACUGACAGACUGUAAAUUGCCUUUGUGUAAAUGUUGUUCAUAUGUUUAUACUGUUCAUACUGGAGAACUAAGGACAAAAAAAGAAAACAGUAUUAAAAAUGUUUAUACUAAAGAAUAAUAUGUAUCCAACAAA